AUGUCCGACGAUGAGGAGUACUACGAAUGGGAGGAGGAGUAUCUAAUUGAGGAUAUGCCGGACUUUGCAGACCGUGCCCUGCAGGACGAACUCGCCCAAACCUCAUACUACGAAGCGGUCCUGUACGAAGACCCGGGAAUUGAAGCGGAGGACUACUACAGUGACUGGGAGUACUAUACAGACGAUUAUUACGAUGAAGACCCGACCGUGAAGCCUGCUCCAGUCGCGAAAGACACGGACACGAAAACCCGCCGAGCAAACCGCGCCCCCCGGCUGAAAUCUUCCUUAAAGCCAGACAUCGCAUCCUUCCAAGGUGUAGUCUGGAAGACAUCCAGCCUGGAAAAGGACCAAGAUAUUGCCGUUCAAAUUUACGAGCCGGGUGCUGGUGAGCAAGUGGCGCUGCUGAAGAACUGGCGCGAGAUUUUCAAAUCCGCCCAGCCUGCAUUGGACAAGUCGCGCUUGCGCAAGAGAAAGGCGGAGGAUAUAUGCGAACCGGACCCUGCCCUUGCCGAUGACGAAUUUCCAUGCGAAGACGACCAAGACGACAGUUCGGAUGACAUGUCGGAUAUCGUGUCUAUGGACAAUACGACGGAGAAUGGCGACGCGGGCGAUGCGUCAAACACAACACCGGAACUGCCUCAGUCGCCGAAGCGAGAGUCUAACUUGGCUGUUGUGAUCCCGGCGAAGAGAGGCCGCAAACGAAAAGCCGAGGUUCCUCCCGAGACGAAUAAAAAGACCGGUGAGACUGCGCCGCGGGCGAAACGCAUUGCGUCGAAGAAGAGGGAUGUGGAUGGUGGGACGACAGCUUCAUCUGGCCCAGUGCGCAGGUCGACCAGGCAGAAGAAGUAG